CGUUGGGUGCAGACAAUGAUUUUCGCGAUUCAGGAAAUAAACAAAGACAAAAUGCUUCUUCCAAAUAUAAAACUGGGUUAUCAGAUUUAUGAUACCUGUGCGACACACACCCAGUCUCUCAGAUCAGCCUUAGCAUCUACGAGUGGAGAGGAUGAAGAAAUAUCCAGUCAUAACUGUGAGAGAUUCUCCUCCUUUCCUGUAAUUGUUGGAGACUCAGGAUCAACACAGUCCAUGAUUAUACAAAGAACACUGGGCCCUUUCAGAAUUCCAAUGGUCAGCUACUUUGCUUCCUGUGACUGUUUAGGUCACAGGAAUAAGUUCCCGGCCUUUUUCAGGACAAUGCCAAGUGAUGCUCACCAGGCUCAAGGUGUCGCUCGACUGGUGCAGCGGUUCGGCUGGACCUGGGUUGGCUCAAUCGCAGGUGAUGAUGACUAUGGCCAUAGUGCAAUUCAAGCAUUCAGUGAUGAAGUCAGGAAACAUGGUGUCUGCAUCGCUUUUACUGAAGUCCUUCCAAAAGUGUACUCCAGGGGAAAGAUACUUCAAAUAACUGAAACCAUUAAGACAUCUACAGCAAGGGUCAUUGUCAUGUUUGCCAUUGAGGGAGAUGCAUACCCUUUAAUCACAGAAGUUGUAAAGCAAAAUAUCACUGGUAGACAAUGGAUAGCGAGUGAGGCCUGGGUUACAUCUGCUUUGAUUGCAACCAAAGAAAAUUUCCCAUCUUUGAGCGGGACAAUAGGAUUUGCAAUUCACAGAGCAGAGAUUCCAGGCCUGAGAAGUUUCCUUCUUCAAGCCCAUCCUUUCAAAACUCCAAAUAAUCUCUUUGUAAAAGGAUUGUGGGAAGCAAUGUUUAAAUGUUCUCUUGGGACAUCAGGUACCAUGAAAGGAAUUAACACAUCAAUAAUCACUCAUGAGCGAUGUACAGGUUCAGAGGAUUUAAACAAUACGUACAGCAUAUAUUCAGAUGUGUCUGAACUGAGAGUUUCUUAUAAUGUGUAUAAAGCCAUAUAUGCAAUAGCUCAUGCCCUUCACAAUCUGAACUCUUGCAAAAAUGGCACUGGGUCACUGCCAAACAACACCUGUGCCAAUAUUUUCAACUUCAAACCAUGGCAGCUCCUCCAUUACCUGAAAGAAGUGAGAUACACCACUAAAUUAGGGGAGGAGAUCUAUUUCGAUGAGAAUGGGGAUCCGCUCGCAUCUUACGAUAUAAUCAACUGGCACAAAAACGCAGAUGGUUCUGUUAAUUAUGUUCAAGUCGGCAGGUUUGAUGCUGCUUUAGGUUUGGGGCACGAUCUUCUGAUAAAUGAAAGAAAUAUUAUUUGGCACAAUAAUCAAGUGAUGGUCCCCCAGUCAGUGUGCACAGGAAGUUGUCCUCCUGGCACGAGGAAAGCAGUUCUAAAAGGACAACCACUUUGCUGUUCUGAUUGUUUGCCAUGCCCUGAUGGUGAAAUCAGUAAUGACACAGAUUCACUAAACUGUAUCCCAUGUGCGCUGGAAGACUGGCCCAAUCCACAAAGGAAUGAAUGCCUCCCUAAAGAAAUUGAGUUCCUCUCAUUUAAAGAGGCGAUGGGAAUCACCCUGACGACUAUGUCCUUGCUUGGAACGGCCAGCACAGUGUCUGUUGCAGGGGUCCUCUGGUAUUACAGGAAGACUCCGAUCGUUCGAGCCAACAAUUCCGAACUCAGUUUCCUUCUUCUGUUCUCAUUGAUGUUGUGUUUCCUGUGCUCGUUGACCUUUAUUGGCCAACCAUCAGUGUGGUCCUGCAUGCUGAGGCACACACUGUUUGGGGUCAGUCUUGUUCUCUGCAUCUCGUGUGUGCUGGCCAAAACCCUGGUUGUACUGAUGGCGUUUAAAGCCACAUUUCCUAACAAUAACUUGAUGAAAUGGUUUGGGACUCUGCAGCAAAUCUUCAGCGUCCUUCUCUGCACGCUUGUCCAAGUUGUGAUCUGUGUUGUCUGGCUUCUUGUGUCCUCACCAUUUCCAGUAAAGCAGAUCAAAUAUUACAAAGAGAAGAUUAUUUUUGAGUGUGAUUUGGGCUCAGUGAUAGCAUUCUGCUGUGUGCUGGGUUAUAUCGGCUUUCUGUCCUGCAUGAGCUUUUUUCUUGCAUUCUUAGCUCGAAAGCUGCCAGAUAAUUUCAAUGAGGCCAAGUUCAUCACCUUUAGCAUGCUGAUUUUCUGUGCAGUUUGGUUGACCUUUAUCCCAGCCUAUGUCAGUUCUCCUGGGAAAUAUACCGUGGCUGUUGAGAUCUUUGCCAUUUUGGCAUCGAGCUUUGGUCUGCUUAUCUGCAUAUUUGCUCCAAAAUGUUAUAUAAUUCUAUUAAAACCAGAAAGAAACACUAAGAAGCAUCUUAUGAAUAAAACAGGUUAGGGCAAAUCUUACCUACAAUCUUAAUAUUAAUUUAAUCCUAAGAAUAGGUAAUUGGAGCACGAUUAGUCAUCCGACACAGAUUGACUCCGAAUGAUGCUAGCUGUCUGCAUUGGCCAUUUCCUGCUCAAACCUCCACUCAAGUUCAA